UGGGACAACAAAGAAGAAGAAGAAGAAGGAGGAGUUUCCGGUGCAACAGCUAGGCAUCAUCAUGCCUACUGCUGUGAUUAUGGAGGAAAAUUUUGAUAAAUUAUUAGAGCAGUGUGAAGCUCAGGAGCUCGAGGCUCCAGGGGGCAUUGCAACACCUCAGGUCUACGCUCAGCUGCUCGCGCUCUAUUUACUUAAUAAUGACAUGAAUAAUGCCAGGUAUCUAUGGAAGAGGAUUCCCCAAGCAAUAAAAUCGGCAAAUCCUGAAUUAGCAGCUAUUUGGGCCGUCGGCCAGCGCAUUUGGCAGAGAGACUUUCCAGGGAUCUACACAGCCAUCGCUGCUUAUCAGUGGUCGGAGAAUAUUCUUCCUGUCAUGGAGGCUCUUAGAGAGAGCACACGGCAGCGGGCGUACGGCCUCGUGGCCCAGGCGUACACUUCCAUCACAGCAGAGGAUUUUGCGGCCUUUGUGGGCUACUCUGUGGAGGAGGCGGUGAAGGGUGUGGUGAGCCAAGGCUGGCAGGCAGAUCCCAACACCAGGAUGGUGAUGCCCAAAAAACCAGAUCCUCCCCCUGUCUCGCUGGUUCCAAAUGAGCAGCAGCUGGCCAGACUCACUGACUACGUGGCUUUCCUCGAGAACUGAUAAGCCACCACAGCUACAGCCACCCAUUUUUGCCCACUCGGUACUGAGGGAGAAUGCAAGACUCUUCACCCUUCCUGCGUCCCUGAUCGAGACGUACCAAAACCCCAAUCAUCUUGCAUGAUUGCUCCAGGACAUACCUAUUUAUGUUCAGCGACUAAUAAACUCUCUGCUCUUGAUGUGUUGAACGUUUCAGACUGUGAUGCUGUGUAUUUUUAUGCUCUUCUGCUCUUUGCAACCCACCUGAUGUAUAAAUUUGGCUGUUUUCAAAGGAAGCUUCAUAUUCCCAUCACCAACUAACGUGCCCCCCCCCCCAGCACCAACUAACGCGCCCCCCCCCCUAGCAGAAAUACACAAACCAGCUUGUACAGUCCACUCCAUGUGUUUCAGCACUUACAGUUGGCCUUGAAAUGAAUGUCAUCAGGUGACGGGAGUCUUGGCGUGCAUGCAUCACCGUACGGAGACCUCAUUUUGAAAUUUUAUGUUUUAACUGGUGAAUAAAUAUUUUGCUGUUUCUA